AUGCGCGCGAAUCUCUUGCCUCCCCGCGCGGCCUCCUCUCACCUCGUCGCGCGUCCUCCUCUCGCCUGCCCCACGCGUGCUUCUCUCGCCUCCCCGCGCGUGCUCCUCUCGCCUCCCCUCGCGUGCUCCUCGCCCCCCCCCGCGCGCGCGGCUCUUGCCUCCCCGCGCAUCCUCCUCUCGCCUCACCUUGCAUGCUCCACUCGCCUCCCCGCGUGUGCCCCUCUCUCCUCAUCUUUCGGCGUGACCGCGCCACCGCGCGCGUGCGCCUCUCUCCAUGCCUUGCGUAAUCUAUCGCCUCCCCGCGCGUGCUUCUCUCUCCUCACGUUGCUUGCUUCUCUCGCCUUCCCAUGCGUGCUCCUCUCUACUCACCCUACGUGCUCCUCUCGCCUCCCCGCGCGUGCUCCUCUCUCCUCACCUUGCGUGCUCCUCUCGCCUCCCCGCGCGUGCCCCUCUCUCCUCACCUUGCGUCCUACUCUCUCCUCACCUUGCGUCCUCCUCUCUCCUCACCAUGCGUGCUCCUCUCUCCUCACCAUGCGUCCUCCUCUCUCCUCACCUUGCGUGCUCCUCUCUCCUCACCUUGCGUCCUACUCUCUUCUCACCUUGCGUCCUCCUCUAUCCUCACCUUGCGUGCUCCUCACUCCUCACCUUGCGUGCUCUUCUCUCCUCACCUUGCGUGCCCCUCUCUCCUCACCUUGCGUCCUCCUCUCUCCUCACCUUGCGUGCUCCUCUCUCCUCAACAUGCUUGCUCCUCUCUCCUCCCCUUGCGUGCUCCUCUCUCCUCAUCUUGCGUGCUCCUCUCUCCUGACCUUGUGUGCUCCUCUCGCCUCCCCGCGUGUGCCCCUCUCUCCUCACCUUGCGUCCUCCUCUCUCCUCACCUUGCGUGCUCCUCUCUCCUCACCAUGCGUGCUCCUCUCUCCUCACCUUGCGUGCUCCUCUCUCCUCACCUUGCGUGCUCCUCGCUUCUCACCUUGCGUCCUCCUCUAUCCUCACCUUGCGUGCUCCUCACUCCUCACCUUGCGUGCUCUUCUCUCCUCACCUUGCGUCCUCCUCUCUCCUCACCUUGCGACUGCCUCUCUCCUCACCUUGCGUGCUCCUCUCUCCUCACCUUGCUUGCUCCUCUCGCCUCCCCGCGCGUGCUCCACUCUGACAGGGCAGGGUGCUCCUCUCUCCUCACCUCCCGGGUUUUGCUCUGACAGGUGGGGUGCUCCUCUCUCCUCCCCUCCCGUGCUCCACUCUGACAGGGCAGGGGUGCUCCUCUCUCCUCACCUCCCGUGCUCCACUCUGACAGGGCAGGGUGCUCCUCUCUCCUCACCUCCCGUGCUCCACUCUGACAGGUGGGGUGCUCCUCUCUCCCCACCUCCCGGGUUUUGCUCUGACAGGGUGCUCCUCUCUCCUCACCUCCCGUGCUCCACUCUGACAGGUGGGGUGCUCCUCUCUCCUCACCUCCCGUGCUCCACUCUGACAGGGCAGGGUGCUCCUCUCUCCUCACCUCCCGUGCUCCACUCUGACAGGUGGGGUGCUCCUCUCUCCUCACCUCCCAUGCUCCACUCUGACAGGGCAGGGUGCUCCUCUCUCCUCACCUCCCGUGCUCCACUCUGA